UAUGAUUUCAUCGCAAUUGGAAUUGCUUCGAUUGAACACCGGUCGUGAAGUUCGUGUUACAACAGCCAAUACACUGUUGAAACGGAUGCUAUUCCGUUAUCAAGGCCACGUUAGUGCUGCUUUGGUAUUGGGAGGUGUUGACAUCAGUGGACCACACAUCUAUUCCAUUCAUCCACACGGAUCAACAGACCGAUUGCCAUACACUACCAUGGGUUCCGGCAGUUUGGCUGCUAUGGCUGUUUUUGAAGAUCGUUGGCGACCGGACAUGGAAGAAGAAGAAGCCAAAAAAUUGGUUCGCGAUGCAAUCGCUUCGGGUGUAUUCAAUGAUCUUGGUUCGGGCUCAAACAUCGAUUUGUGCGUUAUCAAAAAAGGCACCGUCGAAUAUUUGCGUGGUUAUGAAUAUGCCAAUGAGAAAGGAGUUCGUGCUUUGAACUAUGACUUCAAGCUGGGUACAACAGCCGUUCUCGACACAAAAAUCCAUCAAUUCGACAUUGAAGAGACCGUUAUUCCAAUCGCAUCCAGCAGCGCCACACCGAUGGACACAGCUUGAUUCAAUAUUUUCAUGGCAUUUUAAAUUUUCUAUACUAAAACAUAAUAAAAAAUAAGGCUAUUAGCCUGCUAAAUGGUAUUAAUUUCA